CAUCUGGGUGCUGUUGGUUUUUCGGACGGGAGGAGAGCUGAAGGGGGGCAGUCAUUUAUGCAGAAGGAGAGAGAGAGAGGAGAGAGGGGAGAGAGAGAGAUCUGGCUUUUCCCCCUACUCACACAUUCAUACACUUGGAAGGAGUAAGAAGGGAAGACACAGAGAGGUUAAUAAAAAGAACAGCUUGGGAGGACUGUGAAUUGUCAGCACUUUUACCAUUGAGCACUGUGUGUGUGUAUCCCAAACAAGACCCAGGAGUGAAGAAGAGAAGGGGGGGGAGAGAUCACAAGCAGGAGAGGAAGCACAUUAUUAGCACUUGGCAGCAGAAGACUAGAGUCAAAGUGCAGGUCAAUGCUUAAGUGAGAUCCAGAGUGGGGGUUAUACAAGUGCCUUAUCUCCAGCUCUUGGGAACUUUGCUAAGCUCUGGAAUUAAGCCCAGGACCCUCCUGCCCUCACCUGUCUUGAGUCUGGUUCCCCCGCCUUGCUUGGAGGCACCAAGGACCUUGUAUGUUAGGGGCAGCACGGCAUACCAUGGCUUUUGGAUGGCUGUCCGGAAGGUGUCUUCUCUGCCUGCUUACUGCGCUGUUUGGACUCCUUUUACCCACAUGCUGGGCUGGCAUGUUCACCAACCACUGGGCUGUGAGGAUAGCAGGGGGAGCCCAAGAAGCCGACAGGAUAGCCGGCAAAUACGGAUACAGCAACAUGGGACAGAUUGGGACAUUGCAAGAUUAUUAUCACUUCUAUCACAGUAAAACUAUCAAGAGGUCAAUUUUGUCCAGCCGAGGUACACACAGCUUCAUAUCAAUGGAGCCUAAGGUGGAGUGGGUACAACAGCAGGUGGUAAAAAGAAGAAUAAAAAGGGAUUAUAAACAGAAUGAUGUACAAUCCACGUAUUUCAAUGAUCCCAAAUGGCCAAGCAUGUGGUAUAUGCACUGCAGCGACAAUACACAUCACUGUCAGUCAGACAUGAAUAUCGUGGGCGCUUGGAAAAGAGGAUACACGGGGAAAAAUGUUGUAGUCACCAUUCUGGAUGAUGGCAUUGAAAGAAAUCACCCUGACUUGAUGCAGAAUUACGAUGCCCAGGCCAGCACAGACAUUAACGGUAACGACUUUGACCCAAUGCCACGGUAUGACGCGAGCAACGAAAACAAACAUGGAACUCGAUGUGCUGGAGAAGUUGCGGCCACGGCAAACAACUCCCACUGUACAGUAGGAAUUGCGUUCAAUGCCAGAAUUGGAGGUGUGCGCAUGCUGGACGGAGAUGUAACGGACAUGGUGGAAGCUAAGUCUCUCAGCCUGAACCCACAACAUGUUCACAUCUACAGUGCCAGCUGGGGUCCAGACGAUGAUGGCAAAACAGUAGAUGGACCAGCAUCACUGGCUCGUGAGGCCUUUGAGAAUGGCAUAAGAACAGGAAGAAGAGGAUUCGGUUCUGUUUUUGUUUGGGCAUCUGGUAAUGGUGGCCGAAGCCGGGAUCAUUGCUCCUGCGAUGGCUACACCAACAGCAUCUAUACCAUUUCCAUCAGCAGCACCACUGAGAGUGGCAAGAAACCCUGGUAUCUGGAGGAAUGCGCUUCAACUCUGGCGACAACCUACAGCAGUGGGGAAUCCUACGACCGGAAAGUGAUUACCACAGAUCUCCGUCAGCGCUGUACAGACAGCCAUACUGGGACCUCAGCAUCCGCACCUAUGGCAGCAGGAAUUAUAGCUCUGGCACUGGAGGCUAACCCAUUUUUAACCUGGAGGGAUGUUCAACACAUAAUUGUCAGGACCUCUCGCCAGGGACACCUCAAUGCACCUGACUGGAAGACCAAUGCUGCAGGACACAAGGUGAGCCAUCUCUACGGAUUUGGUCUGAUGGAUGCCGAAGCUAUGGUGAUAGAAGCAGAGAAGUGGACGACUGUCCCAACGCAGCACAUUUGUGUAGAGAACACGGACAGACAGAUAAAAACAAUUCGCCCAGACAAUGUUGUCCGUUCCAUCUAUAAAGCCACAGGCUGUGCAGACAACUCUAAUCACCAUGUGAUUUACUUGGAGCAUGUUGUGGUGCGCAUCACUAUCACACAUCCGCGGCGUGGGGACCUUGCAAUCUACCUGACUUCACCGUCAGGCACCCGAUCCCAGCUGCUGGCUAACAGAUUGUUUGACCAUUCCAUGGAGGGGUUUAAGAACUGGGAGUUUAUGACGACUCACUGCUGGGGAGAAAAGGCAUCAGGGGAUUGGAUACUGGAGAUUUAUGACACCCCAUCCCAACUAAGGAACUUCAAAACACCAGGGAAACUAAAAGAAUGGUCUUUAGUUCUGUAUGGGACAUCUGUCCAGCCAUACUCCCCUAGAAAUGAUGUCCCAAAAGUGGAGCGUGUGCGUUCUAGUCCUGUUGAGGAACCAUCAGAUGACUACAGCAUGGAUGAGUAUACAGGUCCCUGUGACGCAGAAUGCAGUAAUGUAGGUUGUGAUGGACCAGGACCCCACCACUGCAGUGACUGCCUACACUUUUAUUACAAAGCCAAAAACAACACAAGGAUUUGUGUAUCAGAAUGUCCCUCCGGCCACUACUUCGCAGACAAGAAAAGAUGUAAAAAAUGUUACUCACACUGUGAAAUGUGCGUUGGGAGCCGCAGCGACCAGUGCACAGCGUGCAAAUCUGGCUACUAUUUAAAUGAAGAAACCAACAGCUGCAUAACUAACUGCCCAGAUGGCUUCUACCUAAAUGAAAAUAAGAACCUGUGUCGAAAGUGCAGUGAGACCUGUAAGACGUGUACUUCGGAGCAGACCUGUACAGAGUGCAAGCAUGGUCUAAGUUUACAAGGAUCUAAAUGUGCUAUCAGCUGUGAGGAUGGAAAAUACUACAGUAUCCAAAAGAAGGAAUGUGAGCCAUGCCACAGAUCAUGUGCCACGUGUACAGGUCCUGGAAUAGACAACUGUAUAAACUGUACCGAGGACACCUUAUUUGAAGAUGGAAGAUGCGUACAAACAUGUGGUCCCGGAUAUUACUUGGCACAAUCCAAACCGAAUGUUUAUAAAACCUGCAAAAAAUGCGAUGCCAGUUGCUUAACUUGUUCUGGCCCGGGAGACAAAAACUGCACGGGUUGUCCGGACAGCUACGUGCUGGAAGGCAGUGUCUGUGUAGUGGGAACAGUCUGUAAAGAUGGUGAAUACUUUGAUGUAUCUAAGGGCUGUAGGUCCUGUGAUGCCCCCUGCUAUAAAUGCACUGGACCUGGCAAGCAAAGUUGCAUAGCUUGUGCCAUUACAAGGAUUUUAGAUGAUGGGCAUUGUGUUCUGCAAUGCCCACUCGGCAAAUACGAAUUAAAUCGUCAGUGUCACCCAUGCCACCAUACCUGCCGUGACUGUAGUGGCAGUGAGCCUGACAAAUGUACAUCAUGUGGGAAUGAUGAAAGUGGAAGAAUGAGGUUCCUAUACAAUGGGGAAUGCAGGGAUGGAUGCCCCAGGGGGUAUUACGCUGUAGAGAACACCUGCGCGAGGUGCCCAGAUAACUGCGAGAUAUGCAGCAGUGAUUCUACCUGUGUGAGAUGUUACCAGGGGUACUACUUGGAUGAUGACUACUGCCAGAAGCUUGAAUGUGCGGAUGGGGAAGUAGAAGAUAUGGAUAUGAAGAAAUGUGUGACAUGUGAAAAGGGAUGUCGAGAAUGCGACCCAUCGGAUCCCACAUUGUGCACCUCCUGCAUAGCUGGAUAUUAUAUGUAUGAAAGUUUCUGCUAUGCCAUUUGCCCUGAGAAAACAUACAGUACAGACUCUUUGAUGCGAUGCAUCGAAUGUGAUGUGGAUUGUGCCAGCUGCACCGAAGAGGAGUGUAUAUUGUGCGAGGAGGGAUUCUUUCUCCAGGAUAGUGUCUGCGUCAGUGACUGCGGAUCUGGAUUUUAUGCUGAUGAAAUUGAAAGAGAGUGCGAUACCUGCUAUAGAACGUGUGAAUCGUGCGUGGGGCCAGAUUAUGAUGAAUGCACUACCUGCUUAGCAGGCUUCAUAAUGCAAAGUGGAAAGUGUAUCAAUCCAAAGAGUGCACGUACGGAAGGAGUCUUCUGGAAUGAAAAAGAAGGGGAUUACAAGCCAUGUGACGUAUCAUGUAAAACUUGCAAUGGGUCUGCCAAUGAAUGCACAUCAUGCCCACCAGACACAUUUCUUCUUGAGGGAAGCUGUACCCACACCUGUCCAAGAGGAAGUUUCAGUAAUAAGAAAGACAGGCGCUGUGAGAAGUGCACGUCAGACUGCGAGAUCUGCACAGAAGACAAUGUCUGUAUGAAGUGCUCACAUGAUUAUCUGCAUGAUGGGAGGUGUUACAAGACAUGCCCCGAAGGAUACUUUGGGCUGAAAGGAAGCUGUACCAAAUGUAGCCAGGAAUGCAAAACUUGUGAGGGAAGUGCUGACACCUGUUUGUCAUGUCGUAGCCCUAAAGUGUUGGAACAAGCGUUGUGUAAAAGCGCUUGUUCCGCUGGGCACAUUGACAUUGAUGGCGUCUGUGAACGCUGUUCCUCUGACUGUCUGACCUGUUCAGAUAAAGACAGCUGCACAGCGUGUAUGCCUGACUAUUUCCUAUAUGAGGAGGAAUGUCUGGACUAUUGCCCUGAAGGAUAUUAUGAUGAUAUGGGAAACUGUCUGCCGUGUGACCCAAUGUGUGCGACAUGUAAUGGGCCAAAACCAAAUGACUGCGAGAAAUGCUCCAGCUCUAGCUACUUCCUAUACAAUGGCGGAUGCUUCAAGACAUGCCCUAAAGGAACAUAUUAUGAACCAGGAACCAAAGAUUGCCAAGACUGUGAUACAACAUGUGAGUCUUGUUCUUCCCAUGGGUCUUGCGAUGAAUGUAAAGCUGACUUUUUUAAAAACAGCCAAGGCGACUGUGUGUCCCACAGUGAGUGCACUUUGUAUGAGUACUUACAAGAGUACAGGGGCUGCCGUCCUUGUCAUAAGCAGUGCCUGAGGUGUACGGGGCCCACAGGACACCACUGCCUGACCUGCAAAGAAAAUCACUAUCUUCUUGAUUCCACCUGUGUGAAGAAUUGCCCAGAUGGAUACUAUGCAGACGAGGAGCAAGGCUCGUGUGUCCCCUGUCACAGCACUUGUGAGACUUGCACAGGGAGGAGAAGUAUCAACUGUUUAACUUGCAAAGCAGGCUUGUAUGCCCUGGGACACUCUUGUGUAAAUGUCUGCACCACUGGCUAUUAUGCGGAUAACACCACCGGAAAGUGUGAAAUGUGUGACAAGAAGUGCGAAAAGUGUUCAGGCCCCCAACCUACUGAAUGUCUGUCAUGCCACAAGAACUUCUUCUUCAUGCGCAGUAAACAGGAAUGUUACAGCUCGUGUCCGGAGUACUACCAUGAAGACACUGUUAAAAGAACCUGUGAACGAUGCCAUCCCACCUGCAGGACAUGCACUAGUUUUGGGGCCGUAUCUUGUACAUCCUGUGUCUGGAGCUACCAUCUUGUGGGAGGAAUUUGCCAAUCCGACUGUCUGGCUGGAGAGUUUAAAGUUAAAGAGGAUCCGGAAGUGCAGUGUGAGAGAUGUCAUGAUAGCUGCAUAGAGUGUAAGGGACCUGGCCCUCUCAAUUGUACAACAUGUCCAGCCAGCAUGGUUCUUCAUGUGGAUGAAAGCCGGUGUAUUCAUUGCUGCAGUGCCAAACCUGAAGAGUCAGCUGAAUGCUGUGACUGUACCAAAUCACUGGAAGAAUGUGUCCUACAAAUCGGUUUUUUAACCGAGAACAAAGGAAAGAAGACUGCCUUGAUCGCGGCUACAUUGAUUUUGCUGAUGCUCGUCAUAGGAGCUUCCAUAUUUUUUUGGAGGAGAGCUCGAUCAAAGGCUAAACCUGUUACCAAAGCCGGAUAUGAAAAGCUUCCAGACCAAACUAAAUCGUUUCAGUCUUUUAAGAGCAGCAGAGAAAGUACAUCCAGUUUUCAGCAGGAUCAAGUGAUUGAGUAUCAUGACCGUGAUGAGGAAGAGGAUGAUGAUGAUGACGAUGAUAUUGUUUACAUGGGUCAGGAUGGCACCGUCUAUCGGAAAUUUAAGUAUGGUCUGUUGGAAGACGACGAGGAAGAUGAUUUAGAAUACGAUGAUGAGAGCUAUAACUUUAGAUAAUGGAAGGACAUGCCGAUGACUUUUAGCCCAUCGACAAGGGAACUGAGAAUUUGCUCUUGCAGAUAACAGAUAAGAAUACCAGUGGGAUUAUUUACUGGUCUUCUAAAUAGUUUAAAGGAAGUAUUUGUGGAAACUAAACAAUGUUUUAAUCAUAUUUAACUUUUAAGUGUACCAUAUUUCUCUGUUUCACAUUGGUGCCAGUUUGCCUGUAAUUCUGUUUUUGACUGCUGUAUACUUGAAAUAAAGUCUUCCUUUUAAU